AUGGACGAUAUCCUUCACGGGCUCAAUGCCGCCCAACGGACCGCCGUGACCUCUCCCUCUGCCGUCCUCCAAGUUCUCGCACCCCCCGGCUCGGGAAAGACCAAGACGCUUACAGCACGAGUCGCGUACCUCAUCGCCGACCAACAUCUGCUGCCAUGGAACAUCAUUAUCUGCACAUUCACGGUCAAGGCCGCCAACGAGAUGAAGGAGCGCAUCAAGAAUUUUGUCGGUGAAGAACUGUCGAAACAGCUCAAGCUGGGAACCUUUCAUUCGGUGGCUUUGCGAUAUCUCAAGCAUUACGGCCAGCACAUUGGUUUGGCGAAAGACUUUGGGAUCGCGGAUACUUCGGAUACAAAGGCAAUUCUCAAGAGAAUAAUCAAAAAGUUGGGCAUGCAAAUAGAACCCGGACAGGCUUUGGGGAGGAUAUCUUCGCGGAAAGCGAAGGGAGAGACGACAAUUCAGGGAAAAGCGGCGAAAGACGUCGCAGCACAGGAGUUCCAGAGAUUGUUCGACGAGUACGAGCAGACGCUUGCUGCAUCGAACCUGCUAGAUUAUGAUGACAUUCUGCUGCGAUGUUGCUCCCUGCUGAGGUCACAUCCUCAAUGUGUAUCCAACGUCGAGGCCGUACUCAUCGACGAAUUUCAGGACACCAAUAAUAUCCAGUACGACCUCAUGAGGCUCUUUGCCCAGCACCAAAACAAGGUUACGAUUGUCGGCGACCCCGAUCAGAGCAUCUACGGCUUUCGGUCUGCGGAAAUCAAGAAUUUGUCUCGAAUGAAGGAAAACUGGCCCGACACAUUGGCGAUCAACCUUCAGGAGAACUACCGCUCUUCGGGUGCCAUUCUCCAUGCCGCACAGAACAUCAUCGAGCAAGAUGCAAGUCGGCUACCAAAGAAGCUACAAGCGACACAUAGCUUUGGGCUACGUCCUGUGUUACGAAGGCUGCCGUCCGCCUCUGCUGAAGCAGACUGGUUGGUGUCUGAGAUCCGCCGAAUGCAAGCAUUGAGUGGCAAUAUGCUUCAACCAAGCGAUUUUGCCAUUCUGCUGAGAAGUGCGACACUCUCGCGAGUCAUUGAGGCCGCGCUGGGGAAAGCUGGCAUGCCGUAUCGUAUGGUAGGCGGUACCCGCUUCUACGACCGAAUAGAAGUCAAAUUGAUUGUGGACUACCUACGAGUGAUCCAUCACCCCGAAAAUAGCGAAGCGGUCGCGCGGAUUGUCAACGUACCGUCCAGGCGCGUUGGAGAGGAGACGGUCAAGAAGCUGCGAGACGAAGCGCAGGCCAGGGAUGUGUCGCUUUGGACGCUCAUACUCGAUGUUGCACAAGGGCGUGGCAGCGUGAAAACCAAAAUUUCUGAGCCAUGUCGGAAAGGGCUCUCUUCGUUUGUCAAUGCAAUCCUCACGGGCCGCAAGAAAGUCGAGUCGUUCGACGUCGAGACGCCAUCGAUUGUCGACUUGAUCAAUUUGAUUGCUCAGAAGAUCUCCCUACAGUCUCAUCUGAAAUCAAAGCACAGUGAAGAUGAGACUUACGAAGCUCGAUGGGGCAACGUUGAAGAGCUCAUGGCUCAAGCCGCGGAGGUGACGGCACCAGAAAGGCUUAGGGAGCUGGCCGAAGCUGAUGGGCUGCCUGUGGUCGAUGGCCUCGAACAGAGACCAGAGACCGCUCAGGAUGUGCUAUCCGUCUUCCUGUCCAACAUUGCGCUGACUGCCUCAGCGGAGAAGGAAGCCGAAAUGAACGGCGAGAAGGUCCAGCAAAUCACAUUAUCCACUAUCCACGCAGCCAAGGGGCUGGAAUGGCCAGUAGUAUUUAUACCGGCGUGUUACGAUGGAUCGAUACCGCAUUCUCGCGCCGACGACCACGACGAGGAGCGCCGACUGCUCUAUGUUGGGAUGACACGAGCACAAGCGUUGCUGUAUUUAAGCUGCCCGGUGAAGAACUCUCAGCGAGAAGAGACGGCGAUGUCAGCAUUCCUGACGCACGAGGGAGCGAGUCGGUUCUUUGAGGAACAUGGACCGAGCCUUCCAACUGCAGCUGCUGCGAGUCUCGCAAUGACCCUGAGUCGGGAGUGUCCUUCGGAAGCCACUAUCACUGAGCUCAAGCGUAGCUUGGGGCGCGAUGAGGACAACUUCUGGCCAUUGAACGGCGAAGAGGCCCUGGAGGCGUCAGCAAGUUGGCCGAAGGGCACAUCGACAACUUCGUUCCCAGGAUUCAGCAAUGCCAGGCCUGCGGCUUGGGUCAACUCGGGAUCUGUCACCAUGCAACAUCAGCAAGGUUUCUCGACAGCCUCUGCCACCAUGUCCGGCUUCACCAGCGUGGCAGAUCGAUACAACGAGAUCAUGGAGCAAGCGACACUCACAAAGAUCGACAAGCGAGCCGAAGAGCGCGAGCAGUCCACGCAAGCUUCGAAGGGCAAGAAGCGACCGAUCGAAGGACAGGGAAGCAUCGCGACUUUCUUCGCAAAAAGGUCGAGGCCUACCGCCGAAAUAGCCCCAGCAUCCAAUGCGAAAUUCUCAAGCCAGCCGUUGCGAGAUGUAUCGGGCAGGGCUAUCAACAAUGAGCCCCAAUUGAGACCUGAGCAGCGUGAAGUGCUUGCGUCGCAUAAGCCGCGCAGUCAGCCUAUGCUUAGUAGACCGAGCGCUCGGCCGGAGCAAGAGAACGACAAACACGUGAUGUUCCUUUCAAGCUCUCCGGAGAGGCCAGCGUCAGACGAGCCAGCCGAUAGGGAAGAAGUGGAUGCAAGACCUACUCUCAUGCGCCCUGCAACUACCUUUCACACCACGUCCAUGGGCAAAGCAGCGCCAGGUCAAAAGAAGACGCUGGGCGUUAGGCGAAGUGUGCAAGGACAGUGGAAUGCCACGAGGAGGCAAGGGUAG